AUGGCAUCAGACGGAGAGCAAAACGCACGGCUUCUCUCCGAAGAAGAGUCGGGCUUCUGGGAACCAAGUGAAAAGGUUCAGCGACGAAAGUCGUCAGGAUGGUGGAAAAUUAUUCUCUAUCCCGUCGGCGUUGGACUGAUAUUUCUCGCUGGCAUCGCGGGUGGCUAUCAUUGGCAAGACUUCGAUGUGAAUAAACGAUGUCUUGAACAUGUUUCGCAAAAGGCACCUCUGAUGCGCGAUAUGGAUGUUACAUAUCAUGUUGAGCAAUUCAACGGUGAAUUUCUCACCGAGAACAUCUACAGACAGAACGCCAGUCAAGAGGUGGAUGAUGCUUGGGAGGCGCUAGGAGUUGACUAUCGACCUCUAAGAGUUCCACCCGAAGCUGCGGAGGAGGCCGGGAUCGCCCACGAUCAGGUGAAGAUCAACGACAAGUAUGGGGGAGGAUAUAUCGCCAAUCUUGAGGGGCUCCAUCAUCUACAUUGUUUGAAUCUGCUCCGCAAAUCACUAUACUACAAUUACGACUAUUAUCACGCGAAGGGGGAGGGUGCCUUUGUCAACGAAGACUAUAUCGUUCGGAAGCAUGUUUCACACUGUCUUGAUAUCCUCCGCCAACAGCUCAUGUGUACCGUGGAUGUUGGUGUCCUGGGACAGAUUUGGGUGUGGCCGGACGACCCCAAGCCUUUUGUUGAUUUCAACACUCGGCACAAAUGUCGGAAUUUUGAUGCGAUUCGUCAGUGGGCUCAUGACCAUCAGCUCCCCGCGGACCCCCCUCCGGGCUUUAUCCAAGAGCGGCCCGAAGAGGGGGAUACGAUCUACCCGGAUAUUCCGUGA